UGCAAGCGAGUCCGAUGUUGUCCCUGCAGUCUUCGAGUUUCACUCUUUAUAAUUCCAACACAAAUCUCACCGAAAUUGCUGCUAGAGUUGUCAAAGAAUUCAACGCUGAAGAUGAAACAGAUUCCGAAUUUUUCUUCAGUGAUAAUAAUGAGACAUUCAGCUGUGCAGUACAGAUUUUGAAUGAGAAAGCUGAACUGGAAAAACAACAAAACGAAGAGAACGGUGAUGAUGAUUUUGAGUUUGCUUUUAUUAAUACAGAAUCUGAAUUUUCACCUAUUUCUGCUGAUGAAAUCUUCUACAACGGUCAGAUCCGUCCAAUUUUCAACACAGAUUUAUGCUCACGCGAUGUUCAAUUCAAGGUUUGGGCUCCGACGGCGUCAAUUCGACUUCCGUUAAGGAAGCUUUUCAUCGCGGAGCGUGAAACUACGCCGUCUUGUUCGUCGUCGGAAGCCGACGACUUAGAAAGCAUUCCUCCGGGAACUUACUGCGUGUGGAGGCCGAGAGCGGCGGAAGAUACUCUAACUGAACAAUGUAAGAAGAGCAAAUCCACCGGCUCCUCCUCUAAGCGGUGGAAGUUAAGAGACUUUCUUCACCGGAGUAACAGCGACGGUAAAGAUACUUUCGUGUUUUUGACGACUGCGUUUAAUAAGAAGAGAGGAGAAAGCAGAGAGUACGACGGCGGUUGACUCUGCUAAAAUCGCAGGAAAAGUUGCCGGGAUUCCCGUCGGUAAUGGUUUUCCGGCAGUGCGUUGCCCGAAGAUCGGAGGUGAUAUUAAACGGAAGUCGUACUUGCCGUACAGGCAAGAUUUGGUAGGGUUUUGUGGUAAGGUGAAUGGGUAGAAUCGGAGUUCACCGCCUUUCCGAGGUUAAUGGAAUCUUCAUUCUAUCAUUAUUAUUAUAAGUGGUUACUAUGGGUAAUAAAUUAGUGAUUAAUAAGCUUGUGUAAAUAUUUGUAUAAAGUUUUAUACUCUUUAUUAUUUAUGUCUGUGGAUAACUAGAUUGUAACGUGAUUUAAGCAUGUGUAAAUUAAAUAUCUAUACAGCAUAGAAUUUUUUA